AUGGUCGUCUCAGGAGAGGACGGGGGGACGCAGGUCAGGACGCAGCUGCCCCUUAGGCUCUGCUGGGCAAUUACGAUGCACAAGUCCCAGGGGCAGACUUUAGCCAAGGCCGUCAUUGACUUGGGGCCCAAGGAGGCCUGCACGGGGCUUACUUUCGUCUGUCUCAGUAGGGCGAAGAGACUUGUGGACCUCAUGGUAGAGCCCAUGAGUUUCGACAGGAUUGGUAACCUUGGAAAUUCGCCGACGAUGAAGGCUAGGCUGCAGGAAGAGGUUAGACUUGGGGAGUUAGCACAGAGUACGAGGGUCAAGUACACGGACAUGGGCGUCUUCAGCGCCGUCGCGGGUAACCAAUGACGUGAAUUGCAAAGAGAAAAAGAAGAAGAAAGGGUCUCUUCCACCUCCCGCGGACGCACACGUCUGACGACAGUUACAUCUAUCAGCUGUCGCUCGUUUUAGCGACAGCUACUAUAUCUUUUAUUUUACAAUACAUACAUCCCCUGUAGUUCUCUACUGGGUCAACGACAAAAUAUCGGGGAGAAUCCCUCCGUAGUGUCGUGUACUGUAAGAUGUAACCUUCACAGGGGACACGGCGCAGUGUCUAUUGACAGCUUGCUGGUUUUAGGAAUUUAAGGAGAAAUAAAUAAUAUUGAUGUAAAAUCAUGGAAGAUGGAAAGAAGGCUACAACAGCAGUCUCUAGUCUACAUCACUCCAACUACCAAAACAAAAAACUUAUUUGACCCUUUGGGGUAGCGUAUCAGUGAUGCUUACAGUAGAAGAGAAUGGUACACCUGGUGCAUGGUAGGUAGGGCAUAGCGUUCAGUUUGUAUUAUCGUGUUAGCUGGUUUCCUGGUAUGUUUGGUGUUGGUAAUCAGCAUCAGUAGAGCACGGAAAGUGUUCAAGUGAUAUACAUCCAAUGUCAGCUCUCCAAUGUGGCCAUUGUUGUCAACUUCCCUGGUGUUCCUCAGAGCGGUUUGCCGAGACAACUUGUCGCAACCAUGUCGUAAUCCCGUUGAAGAGCAUCCGUC